AUGAAGUGUGGUGUUGUUUUCGUAUUCCUGAUUGUCAGUAAUGUUGUACAUGCUAAUGAUGAUGGUCAAAGGCUUUUGCAUGGGCUAGGUUCAUAUGGAGGAGGUAUUGUUAACAAGGUGGCUACACCACUGACCGAUGAUAAUAUCAAGGAGCUGAGCGAAGAUUUUAAGAAUGUUGCUACUGUAGGUUUUGGUUUUGAAAUUUGAAAUUUUUGUUAAUUUUUAAAUUCUUGAAAAAAUAAUUUAUUUGAAAUUUUGCACUGUGCAAAACCUUAUUUUUUAAAAUUUUCAGCCAAAAUUUGAAAUUUCAAAACUAAAAGCUCAUAAUUUCAGUGGAAGACCUACCUCUAUCCAUUGUUAAGAGCAAGUAUAGCAAUCGUCGCAGUAACACUUAUUUUAUACAUUGGCUUCAUCGUAUCUACAUGUAUAUGUUGUUGUGUCUCAAUAAAAGGCUCAAAGCCAUGCCGAAUGAUAUUAAAUGGAGUAAUAUUGGCCUUGAUUGCGAUUACCAUGUUAUUUGGCGCUUUUUCAUUGUAUGCAGCAGCGGUCACAUCGACCAAACUGAUCGAUUCAUCCAAAACGGCUAUCGACUACAUCAAACAGAUCGAAGACUUGGCUGAUAAGAAUUGUCAGGUAAGGGUGGGGUUACAGUAGGGUAGGGUAGAGUAGGAGGAAGUAGGAUAGGAUUACGGUAGAAUUAGAUUAAGAUAAAGAGGGUAGGUUAGGGUACGGUGGGAUUAAAGGCUAAGGAUGGGUGAAACUUAGGAUUGGGUAGAAUAGUAAGUUAUGGAGGUAAGGGCAAGGCAUGUCGGAGUAGGGUUUUUUAAAAAUUUUUUGUAAAUUCUCAGGGCUUAUCAGAGGAAUCACAAAACGCUGUGAAUAUGAUUAAAAAAUGGGGAAUGGACAAAGCAUUGAAAAGGAUUUCAAAUCUACCCAAAAGUGUCAGGAAGUACCUCUCCCAUAACUUGAAGGACUUCAAUGACAAAACUGCUAAAAGUAAGUUUUUCUAUUUACACUGACCCCUACCCUACCCUUUAUCCUACUUUAUUUUACCCUACCGUACCUUACCCUAUCUUACUCUAACCUACUCUACCCCAUCCUAUACUACCUUACCUCACUCUACCUUACUCUUACUCCUACCCUUACCCUUACUCCUACUCUUACUGUUACUCCUACUUUAUUAAACUCAAACAUCUUUGACUAAAACAUGUUGCUAUAGUUGUUACUCUUAUAAACGGAACAAAUGUGGAAUGUAUCAACGACCUGCUUAACAUUAUCAACACCCAUCCUGAGGCUAAAUCGAUCGUUUCACCAAUUCAAACUAUAAGUUUAUAUUUAUUUUUUGUAAUGUUCUACUACUUUUUUAAAAUUUUUAUAUUUAUCGUUUCCACUCUCUCCCCCUUCUUCACUUUCCUAAAUCACCCCUCCCCCCCCCGUUUUUUACAAAAAAUUACCUCCUCCCUCUUUCCUCUCGUGCAAAUACUGCACCAUAUUACAAAAAGCGUCCCCUCCUAUCAACUUUGCCAAAUUAUUCCUCCCCCGCCCUACUAAACUUACCCCUCUCUUGUAUUUUUUUCGUUGAAACUUGUCUUAGAUUUUGAAAAAAGUUUUAAAUUUUCUUCAAUGAGACUUCCACAUUCUUGGACUAAAGAUACCCCCGCCCAACGAUGAAGAUGAAGAAAAUAAUGUGAAAAACGUUUUAGAACCGGCUCAAACAACUAGAGCAAAGUUUUGAAUAUGGCAAAAAACUGAAGUACUUGAACGUGGAGAACGAAGUCAAACUCAAGUUUGAUGCAAUCGAAGCCAAAAUAACAAAGAAUGUUAGAGUUAAACUGAUUGGUAAGGACGAUUUUUGGUAGGGGACUGUAGGGUAAAAUGGAAAAGUAUAUUUCUCGAGAAGGUAGAUCAAGCAAAGUAGGAUACUUCAGAACAGGGUGUUAAAGGCUAUGAUAGGGUAAGGUAGAGUUGAUUGGGGAAGAAAAGUGUAAAGCAGGGCAGGCUAGGGUACAGUGUUUUAUAAAAGGUUGGGGUACAGUAAGGUAGGGCGGGGUAAUUCAGAAUCGAGCAAGUUAAGACAAGGUAAACUGUAAUAGGUCAGGGUUUAGUCCAGGUUGGUAGGGUAAAAUAGGGGGAAUUAAGUUAGAAUGGAAUAGGUAAGGGUAAGUUAGAGUAAAGUGGAAUAGGUCACAGGGGGGGGUACAGCGGGGGUAGAGUAAUUUACAUUCAAAUUUUAGAAGUUCUGAACAAGCUUGAAGCCAAGGUCUCAAAUGGCAUGAGACCAGUCGACAAUUUUUGUAAGCAGAAGUACAGCGACCAAGGUGUGGAUAUGGUAAAUCAAGCUAAAGCGGCCAUCGGGGAAAAAAAUCUUAAAAUUCCGUAAGUGUUGUGCUUCUACUGUUAUCUCUACCUACAACUUUAUAAUUAGCCUUACCCUGACUUUUACCCAUACUCCUACCCUUAUCGCUACCACUGAACUUACUCUUACCAUUACUCUUACUCUCAUUUUUACCGCUACCCUUACCUUACUUUGCCGUACGUAAUCCUAAUUUGACCCUACUGCACUUUGUUGUACACGCUCCUACCGUAUCCUACUAUUAGGUUAUUCACUUAAUUCUGCGCCUCUUUUUAAACAAAUUUCUGGCGUUGUGGGGCGCAGAAUUAAGUGAACGACCUUAUAUUUAUUUUCUUUACUUUAAUUAACAUUUUUAUUCGAUAUUGAUGACUUUGUAUGUUUAGAUAUUACAUUGGCCUCACGGUUGCAAUAGCUCUGAUCAUUGGCUUAGCGAUUGCUGCAAUUGCAGUCGUCUUGAAUAUUGUCUUUUCCACGGGCAUUUCACGUUGUAAUCUGUUGAAUACGUGAGCUUUUUACUAUUAUUUUUAGUAAAGAAAGGGUGGGUACAGUAAGAAAGGGCAGGUUAGAGUACAAUAGAGUAAGGCAUGGGAGGCGAAUAUUGUGUAGGACGGGGUAGGAUAAUUUCAGGUAGUGUAGGCCAGGGUAGGAUAACCUGAGGCAGUGUAGGGCAGCGUAGGGUAGAACAAAGCAGCGUAGAGUAGUGUAAAAGUAAGGUAAGGUAAGAGAACGAAAGGUAAGGUAGAGAUUGGUGAAGUAGUGUUUUGUCAGGUUAGAGCAGGAUAUGAUGGGUAACUUAGGUUAACUUUUGACAUAUGAGGGUGAGGUAGGGUAGAGUAAAGUAGGGUAUGGUCGAAUCGGGUAAGGUAGUGUAGAGUAUGGUAGGGUAGAGUAGGGUUGGAGGGGGGGGUAGGGUAGGGCAGGGUAGGGCAGGGUAGGGUAGGGUAAGGUACAGUAUUUUACAAAAUUUUUAAUAUUUUUCAAUUUUAGUGGAACCUUCCUAAUCGCAUCGUAUCUACCAUUGAUUGCCAUCUUGGCAGCCUUUCUUUUACUAAUUGGAGGCACAGGCACAUUACUUUGUGAACCAUUGCAAAAGCCAUUGGAACAUCCGGAUAUCAUACAGUUCUUUGACAAUCUUCUCUUAAAGCAACUCCCAGAUACGGUAGCCUUCAACAACAAGACCUACAAGAUAACGGAGCUGCUAUCAGAGACUCCAAUCACCAAGUUUCUAAAAGACUGCCGGAGGGAAAAGAGCGUGGUGAAUGUGUUCGGACUGGUCGAAAAGCUGCAGAUCAACGAAACUCUGAAUGCCAAUAGUAAACGUGCCCAAGACAGAUAUACGAAGCAGUUGAAUGAGUAUAACAUUGGAAGUGUCACGGGUUUGUAUCGAAAAGAAAUCGAGAAAAUGAGAGAUCAGAUCAAUGCGGGUGGUGAUUUUGAUACGCAGGAUUACACGGAUUGGCAGGUGACUUGGUUUUUGUUUUGGCUUGUAUGGCUUUAGCUGAACGGCUGGCGGGGCAGUUUUAGCUCAGUGGCAUGCAUGGGAGGGGCGUUAGUUUAAUGGCUGAGGAGAAGCGGGGGUGGGAGGGGCAAGGAUUGGUUUUAGCUCAAUGGCUGAUGGAGCGGAUUUAGUUGAGUGGCUGGUAGGGUCAUUUUAUUUUGAGGGGGGGGUUAAAGACAAAAAAUUUAAUCAAUCGGUAUAGGACCAGUGGACUAAAAAAAUGCUUCUUUGAAAGUUAGCAAUGGGUUAUGUUGAACUUUUUGAAAAAUCUACUCUUACCUCUAUCUUAACCAUCUCCUCCUCUUCUACCUCUACCUUACUUUAACUCUACUUCUAUUCAUAUUUUUAUCGCUACUCUUACCUUUACAUAAUAAAUCGCGCUUUCCAGGAAAUCUCGAGAAAAUCGAGAUCAAAAGAUUACGUUUUGAAUUUCCCGCCAAAUUGGCAUUGUGUUUCAAGCAUAUAACUUUACCAUUUUUUGACUUUUAAGCAUUUUUCUUCGAUAUACUAGUAGAAAACCUUUAAAUGAACCUAUAUUUUUAAAUUUGUAAGCGUAGCUUGUCUGAAACAUCGAAAAAAGUGCUUGAAACACAAUGCCAAAGUUGCCAAUUUGGCGGGAAACCAAAAUAAUUCAAAUUUAAAACUUAAAAGGGUGAGCUAAAAUAUUUUAUAGAUACUAUUUGUGGUACAAAAAAUUUAUAUUAAAAUUUAGAGCUGAUUCUGAGUGUGGCAGAUUGGGUAAUUUCUUUGUAAGUUGUGUAAAAAAUAUUGAGCUACGUCUCUUUAAUAUUAUACUAACUAGUAACCUUUUUUUCAGCUGUUUGCAGACUCUCCAGAAAUUGAAAAAGCGAUAAAAGGAGUAGAGCAAGUGAUUGAGAACAUGAAUCAGAUCAAGAAGUUGUUGCCAACCGACAAAGAGCUAAAUAGGUUUACGAUAGUGACGAAGCCAUCAAAUAUCAAGAAGGUAAUCAACAGGCAGCUCGAGCUCUUCAACAAAGACCGCAACGUCAUGAUCAAUCAACUGUUGCGAUCACUGAAGAGAGGUAUUGAUCAGAAGAUUCUGAACUGUGGCGACCUUCGGCAACUGGUCGAUAAUCUGCGAACCGAAGUUUGUGUGAACACCGUGGACCCACUGAAUGCCUGGUGGGUGUCCCUACUUCAUGUCAUCGUAUUUGCCUUUCCAUUGGUCUAUAUUGGAUUGUACUUGAGCAAGUUGUACAAGGGAGAGGAAGGAUCGUCCACUGAGGAGAACUCACCUCAGUAUGAGAGUAAUAAUAAUGACAAAUAA